AAACGGUAUCAAAAUGAACAGCAUCAAGUGAAUGGCAAGAGUAGUAAUUUUUGUAAACCUCAAGGGCUAUUACCUCCCUAAAUAGGCGCCACUUUUCGUUUCCCGCGCCCCAUCUUCGCCUUCAAUCUCCCAAUGACCCUAAAACCCCCCGUCUUCCUGCUCCACUCUCUCUCCCUCUCUCUAAGAAUUGACAUAUAUACACACCCACAAAUACAAUCAAAUCACUGUAUUUAUACGUAUAUAUAUUAUCAGUUUUGGCAUUGAAGUAGUGUAGAAGAACAACUCAGAGGACGAAGGCGGAACGAUGUUUUAUUCGCAGACGUUCUUGGCUCGGAAGGGCCCAUUGGGAACCGUCUGGUGCGCCGCCCACCUCCAGAGCCGGCUGAAGAAGUCCCACUACACCUCCACCGACAUCCCCUCCACUGUUGAUCGUAUCAUGUUUCCGGACGUUCCUAUUGCACUGAGAAUGUCGGGACAUCUUCUAUUUGGUGUUGUUAGGAUAUACUCGAAGCAGGUCGACUAUCUUUACCAGGACUGUAAUGUUGUUUUGACUACCCUAAGAAAGACCUUUGCUUCCAUAGACUUGGAUUUGCCAGAGAACGCAAGGCAAGCUCCGGUUCAGUCCAUCACUUUGCCUGAAACAUUUGAUCUUGAUGCUUUGGAUUUGGAUGGAGGCGUGUUCGGUGAGGGGGCUUAUGAUAAUCAUCAUGCGAGUCAGGAGGACAUCACACUACCAGAUCAAAUUCCUAUUGCAACAGACCGUUAUGUCAUUAUAACUUUUGACGAGGAUAUCCAGAACGAGGUUUUUGGUUCAGAUGUUGCUCCCAUGGAUGAGGACAUCCACUCUACAACUCCAGGCGACGGUGUUCCAAGUGAUCACUUCACCCCUCCAAAUAAAGAAGCUCCAGAAGUAGAUGUUCCAAAUGAUUUUGUCUUCCAAGAUUCUGUUCCAAGUAACUAUAGAGAAACGGGAGUUAUGCAAGAUGUUCUUCCCAAAGACAGUUCCCCUCAGUAUGUUCAACCAACAGAAGUUAUGCAAGAUGAUGCUCCUCUUCUAGAUGACAGUUCCCCUCGACAUGUUCAACCAAUGGAAGUUAUGCGAGAUGCUGUUCCUCCGGAAAUUGUUCCUACAGUUUCUCUUAAUAACGGGAAUGAUAUUACUGAACAAGAAAAAUCCAUUAACCCAGAAAUGAAUGAGAAAGACAUACUUUCUCCAAUUACAGAGGAAAAUACACCUUCUGGUGGACCAUCUCCAUCGCCUCUGCCAAGUUCAGGACCACGAGCUUCUGUUGCUUCUUUGCCUGACAUGAAUGACAACGAUGUUUCCUUUCAAAUGCAAUCAACACCACAUCUUGAGCAGCCAAGAGCAAGAGCAAGGAAGAGAAAGCAGUAUUUUGAUGAGACCCUUGUGUUAUCCAAUGAGUUUAUGAAUAAGACACUUCAAGAUGUUAGUGAUUUAAAUCGUAAAAGGAGGAAUAUUCCGUGCUCUACUUUGGGUGUUUGGAAGUUGAACAACAGUUUAAGAAAGGAACAAGUGUUCUUCCGGCCUUCAUUAACAGGAUUGUGUUUGGCUCUGCAUAACAUUUUCGACAGAGGCUACAUAUCCAAACAGUCCCAUUUGUUUGAGGGAGUUCUUCCAGUCUCUGGAUCUACAACACCUCCUCCUACAACAUCUCUUCCUCCUACAACUGAAUUCUCCCCGGAGCGCGGUGUUCCACCAUAUUUUCCUGUCACUGAAGCUUCCACAGAGUUUUAUGGCGCACCAUCUCCCCCAAAAAUUGAACGUUGUCAUCAUGUUGAAGAACAUGAUGGUGGAAAUAACUUACCAGAGUAUGAGGGUGCACAAUCUCCGCUGCAAAUUGAACGUUUUCAGCAUGUUGAAGAACAUGAUGGUGGAAACAACUUACCAGAGUAUGAGGGUGCACAAUCUCCUGCCACUCAAAGUGACUUUAUUCCUGUUCCGUCUCCAAACUUAAUGUCAGCUUCAGUUCCUCCAUUGGAAACAAGCACGGGAACUCAAAUACUGCUGACACCAGAUCAGACAGCAUUGACUAGAUUUCACGAGUCUGUAAAUGAAACACCGAAGACAAUGUUUGAGGGGUGGCUAGGUCUAUCAAAUAAUCCUGAGUUAAACGAUUCUGCAGAAGCAGGUCUUUUUUUUCUGGAAGCAGAUGGCAAUACACCAGCUGGAUCUCAAGCAACACAAGGAGUACCGGGAUCUCAAGGGACACAAGGAGUUGAUUCACUGUCUGUUAGAACCAGAGCUGUGGCUCAAUUUUUAAAGAGGGAAUCUUCUAUCACCUCAACCUCAGAAGACGUAACUGGAGAUCUCAGCUUGGACAAAAUUUUAGAAGGAAAAACUAGAAAGCUAUGUGCUCGAAUGUUCUAUGAAACACUGGUUUUGAAGACUUAUGGUCUUGUUGAUGUAAAACAAGAAGUACCUUACGGUGACAUUAGUUUGACAUUGACCCGAACCCUAUCAAAGGCUCAAAUUUAAGAGCAUAUGAGGCAUUGCCAAGUGAAAGAACAAGGAAGGAAAGGCAGUGUUGAGUUUGUAUAAACGUUGCAAUGGAGUUGAUGGUUUUUGACCUCACAGAGAAGCGGAGUAGUGUUAGCAGAGUCCAUCCACACGUGUAUAAGUGUAAAUUAAAUUACUCUGCUCAUAGCUUGAGCUUUAAGUUAACUAUGUAUAAAUUGCUAAUACAAUCCUUAUUUUCAAA